CAAAAGAUUACGCUGAAUGCUGUUUCCGCUCCCUGAUAGAGGAAUUUCCCACAGGUUCUUGAACGCACCAGUUGUUCACCGUUCAGAAGACGAGAGGAAGAGGCCCGGGAAAAGUUACCAUCCUGCUAUGCUGAGAGAUGCCAGGGACGGGUCAGACUAGUCCCUGUUUGUGGACGCCGCUCCCUCAGAGCCACCUGUGUCCGGGUGACCGCUGCAAACACGCCUGCUGCAGCUAUAACGGGGACGUCUACGUCCUGGGAGGAAGGGACAACAGCUGCCUGGGAGACUUCUGGAAGUACAGUGUUGUGCUUGAUGAAUGGACCCGACUUAACUGCACUGGUGAAGCUGCACCAGAAGAGCUGGAGCAGCAUUCUAUGGUGGCUAAUAAGGGUUUCCUCUAUGUGUUUGGAGGCAUGUUGGAUUCUGCAUACACUUGGAGGAAGUGCCCCCUCUGGGUGUUUGAGACCAUGAAUCAGAAGUGGGUGUCCUGCCAGGGAAGGACCAGCUGCCCUCAGAGCCAAAGGCCGAGCAAUCGGAAAGGACACAGCGCCGUGGUGCUGGGAUCGGCCAUGCUGGUCUACGGAGGAUUCAUGGACCUUAAAGGAACCUCGCAGGAGUUUUGGAGUUUAAAUCUCAAUUCCAUGACUUGGACUCGGCUGACUGGUUCUGAGCGGGGAUCAUCAGGUCCUGGACCCAGACACAGUCACUCCGCCGUGGCCUACAGGGACUCCAUGUUUCUGUUUGGAGGACUGAAAGGUCUGCGGGAGCAGAGAGACUUCUGGAAAUGGGAUUCCACCAACCACACCUGGACCUCCCUCAGGCAGGGCCCCCCUCGGCUGAUGGGCCACGCGGCUGUGACCUACAGAGACAGUAUGCUGCUUUUCGGAGGCGGUGAGAGCCAGAAAUCACCAAACAACAGCCUGUGGAGGUACAGCUUCCCCUCUCAGAGCUGGAGCCAGGUGGCCUCCCUCCCACACAGCGACGCCCCACAGAGGAUUCACCACUGCUGCACCGGACUGGGUCGCAGCUACGAGUCCGAUGGCGUCCAGGCCGCUCUGUCAUCACAACAGGAUGCUAAACCGCGACAUUUUAAAAAUAAAUGCUUCCCCAUUUCCCAAUCAGACAUAGAAAUGAAGACAUUCAGCAAAGGUCUUUGUUCUUCAGAGACCAUCUUUGACACAGAGAAGAACUGUCUGACGUUUGAGAACAGAGCUUUUAAGAAGCAGUGGAGCUGCUCAGACGACCAGGACAUUUCCAAGAAUCUGCCUGACAUGCUGCUGGUGCUGGGAGGAAAACCGUUCAGCAUAAAGAGUCCCAUCUCCAUCUGGAGUAUGACCCUGACUGACUCUUAACAGACGGUUGACUUGAAGGUUUACUUACAACCAGUGUUGCCCCCCCC